AUGGGGGCCCGCUUCAUAUGCAGCAACACCGCCAUGUGCCUUAAAACCUUGUCGACUGCUUCUACGGCCGACGACGAAGACGACGACCUCGGAUCGUCUCCCGUCUUUCCUCUGCUUCCCGCCCCCAAGCUAUCCGAACGGGCUUCGGCAAUCUUGAGGGCACCUGCUUUUGAUCUUCACGAUUUCCAGGUCGACGACGACGACCAGGACGACAGCGACGACAACCUCGCUUCUGACGACGAGCAGUUUGGCACCGCCAGCUGGGGUUCUCCCUACCUGCGCAGCGACCUCAACCUCCGUCGCCAGACUCAGAGCUACGCCAGCGACGAGUCCGAGAGCGAGGGGUCCGAGAGCUUCCCCAUCCACUCCUUGGACAUCAACACUCCUUUCUUGCGCCCGCCGCCUCUUCUCGUAGGGGGACGACCGCAAACCCCAGCACCGGCACCGUCGCUCUUACCUACCAGUGCCGCUGCCGCCGUUCUUGUGCAGAGGGCCAGACGUAGGAACAGGGGACUCACCGAGGGCUGGAUCCGCACCCACACCGCCGGCGUAGACCAGAAUACCGAGGCUCGACUCUGGUUCAGCGACGGAGACAGCAGUGAGCACUCUUCACUGAGCGGCUCAGAAACCGAGUAUUACCGCCGUCGAGAUCCUCGAACACCGACGCCCUCCGGCCGAUAUAGAGCAAAGUCUCGAUCCACCUCUCGAUAUCCCCGCGCCAUCUCUAGUAUCGAGACUCUCAAGGCCGGCGACCCCACUCAAGCAGAUAUCGACGACGAGAUGGCAAGCUCGGCCGCCACUGAGACGGGCUCGGUUGUAGCCCUGCCUAUCCCAGAGCACCGCAGCGAUAUGGCGCCAGCUGAGGCUGAGCAUUUCACCAUGCCUGCCAUCAAAGUCGCAGAGAAGCCUUUGCCUGGGGAACCGCCUAUCAUGGUACCCCGAAUCAAGAAGAAGGUACCAUGGAAGGGCAAGAACAUCAUGAUUCUCAUCCCGCGAGAUGAUGAGCGUGGUCGCCCGGGACAGCCGCCGCUCCCACUUCGACAGGACGAGAUUGAACGCAUGUUUGAUUCAUGGACGGAGCUUGGAUACAAUGUAGACGGUUUCGACUUGCCGGCCGAGGAACACAUUGUGGGCAAGUCCCAAAGCAGAGAGCUCUGGCCUAGUCUUGAAGAUUUGGCGCAAGAGCGCCACGACCGGGAUUUCACUGUAGUCUUGCCAGACUUGAAUGCAUGGAAGAACUACGUCAAUGAGUUGCAAGAAGCCAAGCUUAGAGCCCUUGGCGUCUCAUUUGGCGGCGAUGAGCCCGAUGCUGCGCCCUCAAUAUCCUCACAGCCAUCUCGCAUGCCCUCGGCUCAAUAUCCUCCGCUUCCCUUCUCUCCUCCAAUUCCGACAUCUUCAGCAUCCAGCAAUCAUGCGAUACCCGGCUUCCCGUUUCCGUCACCUUUCAUCCCCGGCGCUGCGGCCGCACAGAGCCCUGGCUUGCCAACGGGCGCUUCACCAGUUCCUUUUGGCGUGCAUGGCAAGUUUGGUACACGACAGUCCAUCUCAUUCCCUGCCAACAACUCUCCUUUCCAACAGCCACCUCAAGGAUGGCAAAACCAGGCUGGCGUCUUGCAAGGCCUAAGUCCUCUCGACUCGCCGUCCAUCAUGAGCCUCAAUGGCAUGAUUUCUCCCCAGUCUCCUUACGGUAUUGAUGGGUUCAACCAGGCUGGAAGCCCGGCGUUUAACCUGCAUCAGAGACAUCAAUCGCUGCAAUACCUGCCGCAGCAAUAUGCUAGAGCGUCACCUCGCCUUCAAGACGUUAGGGAGGAUGAAGAGGAGGAAGAACAACUGGCCAAGAGCCCUUCAAAGACUCCAGAGCCAACACAGCGCAAUGCUGAUCAACUGCAGGCUGAGAUUGAUGAUGCGGAGUAUCACCUGGAAGAACAAUUGCGUAAUGAGUUGGAGCACGAAGACUAUAAUCCUCAGACCAGAGCGGAGUCCAUCAACCAUCAGCCCUUUGUGCCUGCACAUGCUCAUCAGCCCUCCGCCGGUGGCUUUGCCCAGGUUGAGCAUUUUGCCAACGAGCCUAGCAAGCCUCUCGUCUUGCAUCAUCCACGACCUCACAGCCGUGGACACUCCCUUACGCAAAACUUCUAUCGGGACAACGAUUCUUCUGAGGAUAUCAACCAGAGCGGAUUCCCACCAUUGAACGACAUUCCCGAGACCCAGCGUGUUGACGAAGCUUAUGAGGAAAUUCAAACCAACCCUAGCAACCUCGGCACCCCGAUACAAGACAUUGACUUCGCUGCGGCCUUUAGCCAACACCAGAAGAACAUGUCUGCUUCAAGCAACCCCUGGCAGGACGCUGUGUCACUCGCCAACGGCGGUGGCCAGCAUUCAGCUCAAGAUAGCAAGUCAUCCUUGUCUAAAUUCAAUGUGGAAGCGCCAGAGUUCAAGUUCAACCCCACCAACACUUUUACUCCUGGCCUUUUCAACUUCUCUACCAGCAGCUUCCAGCCUGCAGCCUUCCAUGCUGCUCCCUCCGAAGACAUGGAUCAGACUCCAUUUGGAGUCCCGCCACAACAGCCCCCGGCGAGCAAGAUCAACGUCAAUGCUCCAGCAUUUGCUCCUGGGCAGAGCGAAUUCAGCUUUUCCUCGUCCGGGCCCAAGUUCCGACCUGAUGCUCCCGCCUUCACACCUUUCCAGUCCCAAAAUAACUCAGCCCCAGCCCCUGUCGAGUCUAACAACAAAGGCUUCCCGAGGCGGACUGAUUCUAUCUUUAACAUCAACAAUCUCAACAUUGCCCCUGAUGAUUACAUCACUAAGAAGUCUAAAGCCGUUCCUAUCUUGAGGCCCUCUAGUGUUACGUCUGCCGACCCGUCGGCGGCAUAUGAUGGCGACGUGAGAGACCCUGACGGACGAGUUGGCGACAUCUCUAGAGUCAAGAGGGCCAGGAGUGCCAAUCUGUCUGAUUCCGAUGACGUGCCUCUCUUUGCUGAUCAACCAGACGAUUCUGCCGAGGACUUGAUCGAGGAAGAAGAAGAGGAGGAAGAGGAAGAAGGGGAAGAAGAAGAGACUGCAAUGGUGGAGUCAUCGGUUAAGGAGUCACGAAGCAUUGCUGGGGAAGGCUCAGUUGAUGGAGAAGCUGUCUUGCCCGCUGACACUUCCAUGUCAUCCGUUGACCAGAUUGACACCCAAGUUACCACUGCCGCGCCCUCUGAGACUUCACCAGCUGAAGUAUCUGCGAAGUGGACCUCGUCAUUUGAACAUACGCCUAGGCUUUUGUCAGUGGCUACCCCUGUCUCUCUCCCCGAGGAAACUGAACCUCGCUCUGAUGGAGAAGGACUCUCCGAAUCCACACAGCCUCAGGUUCUCUCUGCUCCUGAAGAUCCUCGACUGCCGGAUACUAGACGCAAACUUACUCCCAAGGGCCUUGCUGGGUCUCGUUUUGCAUUGCCUAAGCCGUCAGGCUUGGCUGCUUCCCGCUUCGCAGAACCGACUCCCGCCCCUACUGCUGAGCAAGAUGAUGCCGAAGUUGAGCUGGUACAAGAAGAUGCUAGCACCUUGAACCCCACGCCUACCACCAACGGUGAGAGGCGCGAGCCUACAUUUGAGGAGAUUGACGCAGUCAUGCAGCGUAUGGAGAUGGAUCAUUCUCAGGGCAUUAACAAGUCCAUUGAGACAUUCAAAUAUCCUCAGCCAUCUGUCGAGAUCCAUGACUCGUCUGAGGAGCUACAUAUUCCUUCGGAUCAUGCACGUGAAGGAAGGAGCGUUAUUCCGCGUCAGUAUACCGAUGUACCGGACAAUGUCUCUCAGCCGAUGCUGAGUACCGAGCUGGAAGAUCCGUUUGUAGACCCGCCUUUGAGCGCCCAGGUCAUCAGGCGUGGCAGCACGUUUGGGGAUGGCGAACUUGACAGUGAGCCCGUCAGCGAUUGGGAAGGCGCCUUCUCUGAGGAUGAACACUCGAAACUUCAGAAUCGUGCCCAAUUCUUCGACGGUCGCGUCAAUGAAGUCGUCGGCACUCUGUUGGCCUCCAGACUCGAGCCUCUUGAGAAAGCCCUGCUCUCUCUCCAACAAACUUUCUCAUCCAAAGACCAGCGUGCUCCGUCUUCUCGACGCGACGUCCGUGGCGGCUCAAUGGAGUACCAAGAAAGUGAUGCUGACGACGAAGAUGAAGAACCACUUCCUCGUCGCUCAGCGAGUCCCAAGAGAGACCGUAGACUGGAUCAGAUUCGCUCGAUUGUCGUCGAAGCUCUAGCUACGCAGCAACGUAGCCAGCAGGUCACCACCAUGGAAGCUAAUGAGGAUGUAACACUGCUGAGAUCCCUUGAUGAGAUCAAGGACCUGUUAGUUUCGAGUGCCAGACCUACGCCUCGCGAUGAUGGCACUUCUGCUCCAUUUGAGAACCUGCUUCAAGCUAAGCCCGAUGAAGGGCUUGCUGCCCAGAUUCUCGAACUUCAGGCAAAGAAUGCAGAGCUGGAGCAGCGACACCGCCAAGACCAAGAGAAGCUUGAAAGGGAGAUUGCUGAGCGCAGAACCGCAGAAGAUGCAGCGGCUGAGCUCCACCGGAAGUUGCAAUCCGCGGAGACUCGGGUGGAAAUCGAAAUUAUCAACCGUAGUGUAUUCGACCAACGUGUUGCUGAUCUCGAAGAGAGGCUAAGGACCCAAGAGGAUGCCAACGAGCAGGAAAUCAAGAACAGACGUGUUGCCGAGGAUAACCUGUCCGAAAUUCAGCGCCUGUUCCGCAACGCUUCUGAAGAAGAGGCUCGACUUCGCGAAAUGGUGGAAGAAAGAGAACAGGUCAUCAAGUCACUUGAGCACUCUGGCAGCAAGACUACCUUGCAACUGACUACGUUGGAGGCUGCUCGUGAUAAUUGGACCCAUCACCAAGCUGAAAUGGCAAACAGGAUCAAUGUCCUCGAAGCCGAUCUGCGCAACGUCCGCCAGGACAACAACACGUGGAGAGCGGAAACUGAGCGGGCUGAUGAGGCUGCACGCCGUAGCAAUGGUGAGCUUGGUCAUGCUCUGGAUGAGAAUAAGCGCCUUCACAAGUCUCUCAACAACGUCAUUUCUCAGCUCGAAGAAAACGAGCGACUUCGCGAGUCGUGGCGUGCCAAGUUCCUCGCUCUUCAAGAGGAUAUGGGCCAGGCUGCCCGCGAGGUCGCCGAAGAAAACGCGCGACGCAUCAAGAGGGACCAGGCCAUGUUGGCACGCCAAGAUGUCUUGGAAGCGCGGCUGCAGGCUGAAUCUAAGACCAGAGAACGCCUCGAGGUUGAAAUGGAGCGACUCCAAGACAAUGAGCGGGCUGGUAUGCGUGCUGUCAACGAGUGCAACCGCCUUGAGGAGAUGCUUUCUGAGCUGCGCACCGAAAAUGCCAAGCUCCACCAGUCUUCUGCUCGAUACCAGCGCGAGUUUGAAGAGGCUCGAGAAUCAGGGGCCAGCGAAGUCAAGAGAACUCGCAUGUCUCUGCAGACUGAGCUCGACGCUGCUAACAACCAGGUCAACGUUGUUCGUGAAGAGUACGAGGAGCAGAAUGCCAAGUUGCGCGCUGAGCUUGAUAAUCUCAAGCUUGAGAUUGACACUGCAAAGGCUCAAAACGAGAUGCUUCUCGAGGGUGCUCAAUCCAGCAAUGCCAGCGAAUUAGAUGAACUCAAGCGCAAGCAUCAGAACGAAUUGGAGGACAUCCAAACUCGCUAUGAACGCCAAGUCCACAACGCAGUUGAGGAUGGACAGCGAACAGAGCAGCACCUCUUGGAGCGCCUCAGUCUGUCCACGUCCAAGACUGAACAUUUGCAGGACCGCAUCCUUCAUCUUGAGGAGAAGCUCGAGAUUACGAAGCAGGCCGCUGCCGCCGCAGCUCAAGCUGCGAAGUCGGCUGGCGUUGACUCUUCUUUCUUGAGCCCUACGAUGGCGAAACCAGCAGAGCGGGUUGAAAUGCCGGAAAAGAUUUCCCCACAAGCUCUCCGGGAAUCCAUCAUGGUUCUCCAAGAACAGUUGCAGGCUCGCGAACAGCGCAUUGAGGAGCUUGAGCAGACUGUCGCUGAACUUGACCCCGACUCUGCGACCAAGAUCGCUAAGCGGGACGACGAGAUUAGCUGGCUGCGCGAGCUUCUUGCCGUGAGACAGGGAGAUCUCCAAGAUAUUAUCGUGGCGCUCUCAGGAGAUAGGUUUGACCGCGCCGCCGUCAAGGAUGCUGCCAUCAGACUCAAGGCCAACUUGCAAAUGGAGGAACAAGAGCGUGAGAGGGCUAUGAAUGGUGGCUCAGCCAUCACUCUCCCCAACAUCGCUCAGACCAUCCAAGCCGCAACACCACGUGUAGCGCAAACCAUUGCUCCCAUCGCAGCUGCCUGGGGCAAUUGGCGCAAGAGUGGCCAGUCUAGCUUCCGAGGCCUUUCAGGAGUGUUGAGUUCGCCCGCUGUUACGGGCAAUUCCACUCCCUCUAAGAGCAGAAAUGACUCGAUGCAGAAUGGCGGCAUCAUGAGCGGCCUUCUUACGCCUCCAGCUACAGCGCUUCGGCAGUCCCCUACCCCGGACGGCCGCCUGCAGCCUACCGCGUUUUCCAGCACCGGACGGCGAUUCACAGGCCAGAGUGUUCAGGAUCGAACACGCCGAGAGUCCAACGUAUCUCAUCGAUCUGACAAAUCGCACUUUCAGGAUAUCCCUCAUCGACGUCUAGAGUUGGCGGCUGAACCAGUGACACCUCCCAUGGUACACCAAACUGUGUAUGAUGAGGACGCGCAGCCUGGAGAUUUCGACGACCAUGAUUUCUUUGAGGAGGAUUAA